AUAAAAACACACGAAUCAUUUUCAAGGAAAUAAAUUAACUUUUGUUGUUGAAGAAAGACCAGCAAUCAACAUAAAAAAGGGCCAGAUGAACGAAAGUGGAAAUUUACCUUCUGUUGAAACACAGUUGGUUAAGGUUUUGGCAAAGGUAAUUUGGGUGCAUAGGUUUAGAACACGUGCAUUGACUGACUUAGAAGUUUUUAUAUUAGGCUGGUGUAAUCUACGUCCCAGGUACUAGUUCCUUCUGAGAAGAAAACACUGCAUUUAUAUGAAGCUAGAUAUCUAGCUUUGCUGGAGGAGGUACUUUAUGCUAAAAUUAACUGGAAUUUAAAAG